UACAACUUUCAGUGUGGUCUGACUCAUCCUUUUAACUUUCUUUAGGUUGGUCUUGCUCAUCUGCAGCCAUGAAAGUCUCCCUCGUUGCUGCUCUCAUUGUUGUGCUGGCUGUUGCUCACAGCUCUGAGGCUGUGUCACUGGUGAAGCGUGACAUCCAGUCCGAUGUGGACAGGAUCACCAAGCUCAUCAAUGACAUGUCUGCCAGCAUCACAAGCGCAACCCAGGACAUGGUGGAGAAGGUGAAGGCUCUCGAGGUGACCAACACUGCCCAGACUUACGUUGAGGACAGCAAGGCCAAGAUCCAGCCUCUGGUUGACAAGGUCCAGGCCGAGGCCACCAAGCUGCAGGAGCAGGUCAAGCCCUUCAUUGCCAACAUUGAGGAUCAGAUCAAGCCCCUGACUGAGAACUUCAACACCCAGGUCAGGCCUCUGACCGACAACUUCCACGCCCAGGUCAAGCCUCUGACCGACAUGAUGGAGAAGUUCUUCCAGCAGGUGAUGGACCAGACCAAGGCCCUGCUCCCCCCCCAGUAA